AGAUACUUUCUAAAACUAUCAUAUAUCGAUCGAUAUAUAUCUAGUUCAAGAUUCCAAAAAUAAUAAUAAUAUGCACAAGUUGGAGAUACCUAGACUCUACAAAAGCUGCAUGGAGUAAAUGUGAAAUCCUGCUUAAAAUUUAUGAUAUCCUCUUCAAGAAUGGACAUCCCCGGCGAUGAACAAAGAGUUUCGCCGGCGAAAAGAUUCGCCCUUCCGGUGGACUCGGAGCACAAGGCGACGACUUUACGGCUAUUAUCGGUGGCUAAGCCACACAUGAGAGCCUUCCACCUCUCAUGGAUCCAAUUCUUCAGCUGCUUCGUCUCCACCUUCGCCGCACCUCCUCUGCUCCCAAUCAUACGCGACGACCUCGGACUCACCGCCUCCGACAUCGGCAACGCCGGUAUCGCCUCCGUCUCCGGCGCCGUCGCCGCCAGGCUCGCCAUGGGCACCGCAUGCGACCUCUUCGGCCCCCGCAUCGCCUCCGCCGCGCUCACCCUCUCCACCGCCCCGGCCGUGUUCUUCACCGCCACCGUCAAGUCUCCGACGGGUUUUCUGCUCGUUAGGUUCUUCACCGGAUUCUCUCUCGCCACUUUCGUCUCGACCCAGUUCUGGAUGAGCUCCAUGUUCUCCGGACCCGUCGUCGGGACGGCAAACGGCAUCGCCGCCGGUUGGGGGAACCUCGGUGGCGGCGCCACGCAGCUAAUCAUGCCGGUGGUUUUCGCGAUCAUUCGGAGCAUCGGUGUGAAGAAAUUCACCGCUUGGAGGAUCGCUUUCUUCAUCCCUGGUCUGUUUCAGACGUUUUCUGCUUUUGCCGUUCUCAUCUUCGGACAGGAUCUACCGGACGGAGACUACUCGAAGCUUCAGAAAUCAGGAGUGAAAGAAAAAGACAACAUAUGGAAGGUUAUAUUCCAUGGCGUCUCCAACUACAGAGGAUGGAUCACAGCUCUCGCCUAUGGCUACUGUUUCGGAGUGGAGCUGACAAUUGACAACAUAAUCGCAGAGUAUUUCUACGACAGGUUCAACCUGGAACUCCACACGGCCGGGAUGAUAGCCGCAAGUUUCGGGUUAGCCAACUUGGUUGCUCGUCCCGGUGGAGGAAUCUUGUCGGAUGUGAUGGCUCAGAGGUUCGGAAUGAGGGGAAGGUUAUGGGCAUGGUGGGUGGUUCAGACACUAGGAGGUGUUUUCUGUCUGAUUCUCGGACUACUCGGAUCAUUAACAUGGUCCAUACUCGUCAUGAUAAUCUUCUCUGUAUUCGUCCAAGCUGCAUGUGGGCUUACCUUUGGAGUUGUUCCUUUCAUAUCCAGAAGAUCACUCGGGGUGAUAUCCGGCAUGACAGGAGCUGGAGGCAAUGUAGGAGCUGUCCUAACUCAGUUGAUCUUCUUCAAAGGAUCGAGCUACUCGAAAGAGACUGGUAUAACCCUAAUGGGGGUGAUGACAAUCGCCUGUUCAAUACCGAUAUGCUUCAUAUACUUCCCGCAAUGGGGCGGUAUGUUCUGUCCUCCCUCAUCCCGACGAGUUACGGAAGAAGACUACUAUCUUUCCGAGUGGAACUUGAAGGAGAAAGAACGUAAUCUGCAUCUCGGGAGUUUAAAAUUCGCGGAAAACAGCGUGACAGAACGAGGCAAGACCACAACUCACCCUCAAGAGCCAUGAUGAUGAUGCUUUUGUAUGUUUAAGCACAAGUUUUUCUUUUCUUUUCUGUAAACAAAUCAAAUUUCUCUGUUUCUGUUUGAUCAGUGAAUCAGCUUGUGUUUUAUCUGUA